AUGCCUGGUUCCCUUGCAGCAGCACGAGGAACUGAUUUCAAAACACGCCGGACUCCUCUUCCUGUGGCCCAGCUUUCUCUUCUUCUACUGCUACGAUUCACAGAAUCAGCUUCGACCUUUGUGAUAUUUCCAUUUUUGAACGAGCUCUUGUCUUCUGUUACUGGUGGUGAUGGAUCACGAGUGGGCUAUUAUGCAGGAGUCAUGGAGUCUAUACGACAGCUUCUCUCUCUGGUCAGUGUAAUGUAUUGGAGCAAAUUAUCAGACCAGAUCGGAAGAAAACCUAUCCUCCUACUUGGCACCCUGGCAUUGGCAGUGGCCACAACCUCAUUUGGUUUCUCAAAAACCUUCUGGGGACUGGUAGUAAGCCGAUGCAUAUUUACUGCACUGAACAGCAAUGCAGGUGUCAUCAAAAGUAUGGUCGGUGAAAUAACCGACCACAGCAACAGCGCAGACGCUUUUGCCUUACUUCACGUUCCAUGGGCUGUAGGAAGCUCAUUUGGCGCCUUUUCGGGGGGCUUGCUUGCUCGCCCUCACGACCAUUUCCCUGACAUUUUUUCUAGCCAAUUCUGGGUGAAAUACCCUUACAUUCUUCCUUGUGGAUUAAUGGCUUCCUUGGCUAUGUUCGCAUGCUGCGUUGUCUUUUUAUUUUUAAAUGAGACCGUUCCAACGGGAUUCAUGUUCAAGCAUGUCGUUUUAGACAGCGAAGAAGAGCCCCUUCUUCGAUCUUCCGAUCAUUCAAUCAACAAAACUUCAACACCAGAACCCGUUCCGUUAAAACUACUCCUCAAAUGGAAAACACUUCUUCCACUCCUCAACUACGUCUCCAUCGCAGCUCUUCACGCCUCGUAUAAUUGUAUCCAACCGCUCUUUCUUGCUAUGCCUGUCUCGCUAGGCGGGCUCGCGCUACCUCCCCGAGAAGUAGGCAUCAUCCUUGGCACGUACGGAAUCACGAAUAGCAUUUUCCAGACGGUCAUGCUUGGGCGCCUAGUACGCCGCUUCGGCGUUAAAUCUGUCUUUGUGACUGCAAUCGCAGCCUUCAUACCGAUCUUUACAUUCUCACCAAUGAUGAAUCUUUUUGUUUCGAUAAAUGGAUUCUCAUACGUGGUAUGGUUUAUGCUCGGAUGUCAGCUUUCCUGUGCGCUCGUUAUGGAGCUAGGAUAUGGAUGUGUAUACAUGUUUAUAACCGCCGCAGCACCGAACAAAAGAUCAUUGGGUGCGACCAACGGCCUAGGACAAACCCUCGUGUCGAUCGGAAGGAUCUUUGCACCUGUAAUGGCAAGCAGUCUGCUUUCUCUCUCCAUUGAGCACCGUAUACUAUGGGGCUAUGCUGCCUACAUUGCUCUCAUGCUCUUAACAGUGGGGGGUAUUGUGUUGGCUUCGCGUUUGCCUCGUCGCCUAGAUUAA